AUGCGCGACAGUGCUGGACCUCCGCCUCGCCCCCUCGGCAUCUCCCUGGACCCGGCCGCCUGCGAGCCGCCGCGCCUGCACCGCGGGGCGCUCUGCAUGCGCUGGGGGGCGCCGGCGGCGCGGCCUCCGUCGCCCGGCGGCGGCUGGCGCGAGGAGUGCAUCCUGAGGGAGACCUGCCGUGAGCCCCUCGUGUACCUGUGCCGCCACUUCGCGUCUGCCGAGGAGUGUGCUGCGGUGCUGGAGGCGACGAGGCUGUACGGCAAGCCGCUGGCGGGCUGGCAGGAUGAGAUCAAGUACGACAUGCCGCUUGAGCCCAUGAGGCACCCGGGCCUCGCGGGCGACGCGUGCGCGACGCCGUUGGAGUCCUUGCUGCAGCGCAUCGACGCCCUGUGCGGCUCGCCGCGCCGUGCGGCCGAUCAGGCCCCGCGCGUGCACCACUACCCGCCCGGGAGGGCCUCCGGCCGAGCCCGCCGCGGAUUCCCGGCUGGCCUCCACGUGGACACCAACGGGCGCCCGUUCCGCUACGCCACCGCGAUCCUGUACCUGACCACGGCUGGCGCCGAGCUGCUGCGCGGCGGCACGCAGCACUCCCGCAACCUGGCGGACGAGGACCACGCCCCGCUGGCCAGGCAGCUGGAGGAUGCUGCCGCAGACCGGCAGCGAGGCCUCCACGUCACCCCAGAGGCCGGGAAGCUGGCGCUCUUCUUCACGCGCGGCGAGGACGGCGAGGUCGACGCCGCCUCCUGGCACGGGGGCGCCGGCGUCGGCGGCGACCUCGACUCCGAUGGGAAGUGGGCUGCUGCGAUUGCCGUGCCGAUGCUGGAGGGGGACAGCUGGGCCGAUGAUCUGCCGCUGGUGCAGCAGCGGAGCCGCCCGCCUGCCAGCACAGCUUCAUGCGAGGGCAAGGGCAGGAUCCCCGGCGAGGGCGACGGGAGCGGUGGCAGGGGCACGUUUGCAGGAUUGGCGCUCCCGACAGUGGCCCGAGUGUACACCUUAGGCGGCCAGCCAGUGCUUUCUUUUCUUGUACUGAUGUGGAGAUUGGCGCCGCUGCGCCCGGUGGAAAAGGGUGCUGCCGUGGUGCUGCGUCUCGGAGGCGCGGCGAGAGAGUUCGCUGAUGAGUUGGACGCGCAGAUUCUACAGCAAGGGCAGAUACUGGACCUACAGGACGGUCUGGGUCCACGCCAGGUGACGGGUUUGGCAGUGCUGCUGCGGGCUUUGGCUCGCAACUAUGCUCUUGAAGCUGGAGAGGACGCAAUCAGGGCCAUGGCUGAGAUGAUGGCGUUCUCAGUCCAGCAACACGAGACCAUCGAUGUGGCUCUGAACCGGUUCCAGGUGCUCAAGUCCCGUGCGAUUGAUCAUGGAUUGAAUCCUGGACCUUCCGGCUGGGCCUGGAUGCUUAUGACGGGCCUGCGAGUACAACCAGACGAGUGGCUACACUUGCUUGGUAUGUUCGACAACAGGCUGCCGCAAGAUGAAGAAGAGUUCAGUCGCUUGAUUCAAAGUAUACGCCGUCGUGGUCAUGUUCUUAUGCAGGAUGGCAUCAUGAGAGCCGCUGAGAGGGCAGUGCGCAUUCCUGGUGCAACGGCCCAUCCAGCGCACGCCGACUUCGGCAAAGGCCGACAUUUUAUGACAAAGGAUGCCGUCCAGGGUUUCUUCCCGACGUUUGGAGAGAUCAACCAGUGGGGAGGUUGGUUCGCUACGGCGGCUGACGUGCACAAGCAGUUGGCGCUGGAGGACGAGACGUUCGACGGCUGCGAGGCCUUGCUGGUGGACCCGGGGGCUCACGACAACUUGACUGGCAGUGAGUGGUUCAAGCGUGUUUCUGAUAUCUGGGCUCGCCGCGGUGUUGAGGUUGAGUUCAAGAAGAUGGAUAGGCCGAUUGGAGUGGAGGGUGUUGGCAACAAUGCUGAUGCCUGUAUCAAUCGAGGUCGGGUUCCUCUUGCGCUUGCUGGUGGUGAAGAAGGUAGCUACGACGCUCCCAUCGUGCCGAACUCUUCAGUGCCGGCUUUGCUGGGCAACAAGGCCUUGCGUCGCAAUCGAGCCAUUGUGGACUGCUUUAACGGAAUCUUGUACUUCAUCGGUCCUGGUGACCACCAGCUUCUGCUCCCCCCCGGCUCAAAGGAAUAUCAGCUGGAGCUUUCGCAGUCAGGUCAUUGGAUGCUUCCAGUGACGGAGUUUGAGGACCAGAAUACCGGCCAGAUCAGCGCGAGCUCCAGGUUGGGUCUGCGGAUGCGGUCCGCAGUGAUGGCGAGCCUGCUGAGUCUGAGCUUUCAACCUCGACUUUGGCGGCCUGGCCACGAAGUGUUCCUGGAGUCCGUGAGCUUCCAUCCUCCGUUUGUUCAGGUGAUAUCGGAGUUUGUGUUGAAGCCGAUAGUGGGACUCAGUGGACGACCCCUGGAGACGGUGCCAGAGUCUGUUGCAGCAACUAGUGGUGCUAAGGUCCGGCAGCACUACCCGACGGAGGCUCGCAUCAAGCAGAAGCAGCGUGAGGCUGAAUUCGGUAAGAAGACUCUUCCCAAGAAGAUGGACGACUACGAGAAGCACUGGGAUGAUUGUGGCGAUGAUCUCAGUUCAAUUUUAGUGGAUGGUCCAGAUUUGUGGUGUGAUGACUACAGCUAUGAUGUGUAUCGCGUUGCCUGUGUUGACGAUGAGGAAGUCGACUUGCAGGCCCUGGAGCAUGACGAGGAGGAUCUCACCGUGCUUCGUCCUGACGGCAUAUUUCUCCUCGGCCAAGGUUGGCUUUCGCUGCGUGCUGACACUCGGGUGGUGUCGGCCGUAUUCCAUCAGUGUCAGGUGGGUCUGGUGGAGGAGAAGUCACGGCUGCCAGUGAAGAAGGAUGCCUUGCGGGAGCAGUUCGGUCAGACGCUCGACACCUUGAUGAUCCUCGAUGUCGCUGGAAGUGGGUGGAGACGCGGGGUAGCGCAGUUGCCCGAGCGCUUGCUGGCCCAUCUGCGGCGGCUCCGAGAGGCAGGCCUGCUUCUGGUGUUGCACCUGCUCGAGCCGCUGGAGCACGCGUACCCGCUCAUCGCGACUCCACCGCUGACGAUCCUGGUGGUGGCGACUUGUCGCCUCUGGAGGCUGCUGCUGCGGCAGCCUCGUCAUCUUCAGCGUCUGCCUCAGCGCCUGUCGUGCCCGUGCCAGCGACCCCAGCACCUGAUGCGGUACCAGAGGUGGCAGCUGCACCGCCGCCGCCACCGCCGCCUGCCCGACCUCCAGGAGUGGAUGCUGCGGUGGGAGCAGAUCCGCCGUUGGAUGAUCCUACCAGAGUGCAGCCACCUGCUGCUCAACGUAGAGCUCGUGCAGCCAGGUCAGAGGUUGGAGUUCAGAGCGAUGAAGCUGCUGCAUAGCAAGAACAACAUGGUCAUCAGAAGGACUUUGCGCAAGCUGCAUAUCAGAAUGUGGCAUGCGCCGGCGCUGCGUCUCAAGGAGAUGCUCAUUGCAGCUGGAGCGCCUCAAGAGGCGAUCGACUUGAUUCAGAUUGUGUGUGAUACGUGUCCGGCCUGCCGUGCUUGGCAUCGGCCAGGCAAACGGCCUAUAGCCACCAGCAGGGUGAUCACUGACUUCAACCAGGACGUGCAGAUCGACCUGCUAUUCUGGAAGACGAAGAUUGUGAUGCACAUGUUGGACACCCUGGUGCGUUUCUCGGUCGCGGCCAUCAUCCCAGAUCGCAACACGGGCACCAUCAUCGGUGCCGUCACGCAUUAUUGGUUCAGGCUGUUCGGAGCCCCGGCUGUACUCACCUCUGAUCGCGAAGGGGCCCUCGACAGCGACGAAGCCAGAUCCUGGGCCUCGCGCUGGCAGUGCAAGCUGAACCUGCGGCCGAGAGGAGCUCACGCUCGCAUGGUAGAACGGCAUCAUGAGUUGUUGCGCCAUCAGUUACAUCUGGUUGAUGAGCAGUGUACCCGUGAUGGCACGCCUGUUCCCGACGAAGCCAUCCUGGAUGAGUGUGUGCUGGCCAAGAAUUGUAUGAUCUCUAUUUCUGGCAACAUCACGCCCUAUAAGGUUGUGUUCGGUCGCACGAUUCCGAUGCUCACAGAUUUAGAACCAGCUUCUGCCACGGCGCUGGAGGACCAGGACGACGGCAUCGACGGGAUAUCUCGCCAUAUACAUCGGCUGCGUGAGGUAGCUAUCGCGGCGGUAGUUGGGGCUUCCGCGCAGCAACGAAUGGAUCGUGCACUCCAGUCUCGCACUCGCCCGGCUGGUGAGUGUCAAAACUUGCAGCUGGGCGACUUGGUCGACAUCUGGCGCGACCCGCCCAACAAGGAUGUUUCGGGCUGGCGAGGCCCAGCUACCGUGGUGAACGUCAAUCGCAUACAGGAAGGCGUGGUUGACGUGCAGUGGCAGUCGCGGACGCUCAGUUGCAGAUUGGCUGAUGUACGACACUCUCUCAGUAUGGAUGUGAUGGUGGCCACAGAGCACUACCGGCAGUACUGGGAGUUGCCAUUGACUUUGGUGCAGGAGUUCGCCGAGAGCAUUGAGAAGGGAUCAGUGACUUUGGCGUGUGUGAACACUUCGACGGGUUGGAAGUUGUCUAGACACUGUGCCAAGUAUCCCAUCAUUUUUCACGCGAUGCUGCACGUUGCGUCGUGUGAUCUCAGACUGCAAGGCUGUAGCGGUGGCCGUCUGGGUCACGGUGCCAAGGAUCUCGAGUGCAUGCCUGGUGUCGACGAGACGCUGUUUAUCUUCUGGAAGGCAGCUCACGUAUAUUUUGGCGGCCAAAUUCCAGCUGUUGAGCUCACGUCCGAAGACAUCGAGGGGCCUAUCAGCAUUGAGUUCUCUCGGAGACAAGCCUGGCGGCUGGGGCUCGCUCCGGACAAGAUCGCCAAGGGUCAAGUAUUGGUGAUGAAUAUAUUCAAAACCCAGGCUUCGCCAGUCAUCGAGCGUGAUCUUAACAACCUGUCUGCGGCAGAGAUCAGGCAACAUCAUGAUCUGGUGGUUGCAGCAAAGUUGAAGGAGCUGAAGCGUUGGGUUUCUCGUGGCGUCGUAGAGCGUAUGCCCAAGAAGGAUGCUGAUAAUCGAAUCGACUCUCGCUGGGUCAUCAAGUGGAAGAUCAUCGAGGGCAGCCGCGACGUGAAGGGGCGCUUGACCGUGCGUGGCUUCAAAGAUCAGCAGAAGAACGAGAAGGAUCGCAUGAGGACCGCCGCGGGCACUGCCUCCCGUUGGGGGCAGAGGGUGAUAUGCUCCAUCGCGGCUCAGCAUGGCUGGACUCUAUGGUCGCUCGACGUCUCGAUGGCGUUCUUGCGUGGCAAGACGUUCGAGGAGCUAGCUGAAAGGUUCGGUUUCAAGAUGAGGAGCUUACAGUUUGAUCUUCCCCCUGAUGGUGCAGCUCUGCUGAAGCAGAUUGAGGGUUUCGAGGACUUCAAUGAGGUUACGGAAACCCUGAACAUGAAGAAGCCAGGUUUCGGUACGAAUGACGCUCCGUGGGCCUGGCAAGUAGACUUGUCGGACACGCUCAGGGAGUUGGGUUUCUUCCCAACCGAAGCUGACCGGCAGUUGUGGUUGAUGUUUGACAAUGCAUUGCUGGUCGCAGUUCUUGGUACGCAUGUGGAUGACUUGAAAGGUGCUUGCAGUGAUGAGACGCGUGAGUGGAUAUUCGCCAAAUUUCGUGAGAAGUACGAAGACGUGACGGUGAAUCUGGCUCCGUUCGAAUGUGUAGGCAUUCAACAUUCUCAGGAUGAGGUGAGCAAAGCCAUCACGAUUGACCAGAAUCACUACGUCUCCCAACUUCGUCCGAUCAGCAGCGCGCUACUUACUGGCAAGUCGGAUGAAGAAUUGGUGGAUUGUACGCUGCAGGGCCUGUACUGGAGUCUUCUUGGAGGAGUAGCGUGGCUCACCCUCACGCGUGCUGAUAUCGCUGUAUUCGUCGGUCGUUUUCAGAGGCACAGCCAGAAAGUCACGGUUGGUGAUAUCAAAGGUCUCAAUACUCUUCUGAAGUGGAUCAAGAGGAAGCCUUUCAGCAUCAAGUAUGUCGGCUGA